CGUCGUGGAAAUUUAAGCGACGAAAUCCCAUCACUUGUGAUAGAGAACAUAGAGCUGUUAGUUGUAGGCAUCGCCGUGAUUCCAGACAGCAGCAGUAGCAGCAGCAGCGCGAGCGCUUCUGUGAGCGCCAGCGUUUCCACCUGUCAUCCCGCAAGUGUCAGGUCCACAUUCGAUCAUCGAUUAGAAUUUGAAUGUUUUCCGAUCGUGGCGGAGUGGUGUGAGAGCAGUUAUCAGUGACGCGAUACCUGAACCGAUAAACUGAUAAAAUGCAUCGUAAAUUAUAAGCCCACGCAUCUGGCACUGGUCGGUUUUACGUGCGACACGGACCCGAGUCUAGUUCGAAUCCAGCUCAACCACCAUUUUAGAAAAGUGAAGGGCUUGUCUGCUCUACUCGUUUCUGGUCUGGUUUUGUGUUAAAUCGCGUGUGUGUCGAACCGAACACUUGAAUGCUGUUGCUAUUGAUAUGCUAUUUGAUACGUUUUGAAGAAGAAGAAAUGUUUCAGUGUCCAAGCACAUAAAUAAAUUCGUGACCGUAAAAAUUUUUUGUGACAUUUUAAAACUGGGGCUGUGCAAUUCCAUCUAAAAUUUAUCAAUCCGUUUCCGACUAGAACUGUCCAUAAUUGAGAUAUGAGUCGUAAUCAAGCUGGCAACCGCAUACAAGUCCCCAAUGAUCUUCGAGAAGUCCUACUUGAAUUCACCAUCAGCUAUCUGUUAGAACAGCCUGGUGAUGUAGUAGCCUACGCUGCUGAUUAUUUUCAAAGGCUACGUGACUCCAGGACCACCACCUUGAUUUAUGCCACCGGCACACAUGGAUCUGUCUCACCUGAAGAAUCAACACUUUCUGGGGAAGAAGAGCCGCCAAUAGCUCGGUUCACCUCCAGACGUAAGUCGGUCUUCGCCGAGACCUACGACCCGGAGGAAGAUGAUGAGGACGACGACGGAAUAAGGGCUGUGUUCCCCAAGUCGGACGAGCAGCGGCAACGACUGGCCGAGGCCGUCCGCAACAUCCUGCUGUUCCGCUCCCUCGACAAGGAGCAGAUGAGCGAGGUGCUCGACGCCAUGUUCGAGCGCAGGGUGCAGCAGGAUGAGCUCGUCAUCAAGCAGGGCGACGACGGGGACAACUUCUACGUUAUCCAGAGCGGAAUAUUCCACGCGCUGGUGGCGAGCGAUCCGAACCAGACGCCGGUGCACAUCCACACGUACGACAACAGCGGCAGCUUCGGCGAGCUGGCCCUGCUGUACAACAUGCCGCGCGCCGCCACCAUCAAGGCGGUCACCCAGGGCUCGCUGUGGGCGAUGGACCGGCAAACGUUCAGGCGCAUCCUGCUCAAGUCGGCGUUCAAGAAGCGAAAGAUGUACGAGGCGCUGAUCGAGAGCGUGCCGAUGCUGAAGACGUUGCAGUCGUACGAGCGCAUGAACCUGGCCGACGCCCUGGUGCCGCGCACCUUCAAGGACGGUGAGCGGAUCAUCAAGCAGGGCGACGUCGCGGACGGCAUGUACUUUGUCGAGAACGGCGAGGUGGUGAUCAGCAUCUUGGACGACAGCGGCAAGGAGGUGGAGAUCAACCGCAUCGGCAAGGGCGGGUACUUCGGGGAGCUGGCCCUGGUCACGCACAGACCGAGGGCGGCGUCGGCGUUCUGCGAUGGAGACGUCAAGUUGGCUUUCCUUGAUGUCGAGGCGUUCGAGAGAUUGUUGGGACCGUGCAUGAACAUAAUGAAGCGCAACAUAAACGACUACGAAGAACAGAUGCUCAAAAUUUUCGGCUCAAAGCAAAACAUCAAGGACAUCCGAUGAAGUGAACCAAGGUACCGCGAUGUUUGAAGAUAUCCCAGUCCCCUCCCCCCUUUGUAUUCAUUUUAAAUUUUUUAUUAUACGUCGGUAAUCUACAAAAACCAAGUGUUUACAUCACUGCAAAGCAGUCUCGCACAUCUGCUAAGUAGUGAGGUGCAAAGUAUCUUACUAGUCAUAUGUAUAUAUAUAAAUAUUGAUACGUUAUGAACCUUUGCAAAGAAAUACCCAAAAGAUGUUUUCGACAUUAAGUUGGGUUUAAAUCUAUCAGGAUUAAAAUCGUUCUGCUGGCCAGGAUGGUUUUUUUUCCAAAUAUUUUCUACACCUGUGUGAAUGUGAGACAACACUAAUGUUUCAUAUCUUCUUUAUUGUUCCUGUCUGGGUGAUUAUACAGAGCAAUUUCACUGAAACAUCAUGCAUUGUAGUCUUAAGUCGUUAUUUAUUUGAAUUUUAACUUAUUUAACAUCAUCAUAAAUAAUAUAAUACGUAAUAAGUAUUUUGUCUAGUCUCGUUUUGACUGUUAUAAGCAUCAUUUGCUGCUCAACUAUAGUUUUUAUUUCUAAGACAUCGAGUAGUCCUUAAUUUUCAAAAUAACACGCACCAUUUAUUCGAUAUUAUGCAUUUACUUUCUCGACAAUAUUGGAAUUGUUCCGCUCUGUAUAAACAUUCAAUGUUAAUUUAUUGAUCAGUUGAAUCUCAGUUUUAUUUUCUGUUGAUUUUUACGUUUUAUGGUACAAAUUUAUUUUAUUUAUGAGACUUUAGAAAUAAGACCGAAUUUGCUUUUGAUCUUUUCAACUUUAAACAUAUUUAUUGAGAUGGUAUAUUUGGAAAAAUUCAUAAUAACAUAUAUUUUAUUUAGAUAAAAGCUAUUGACUAUCAAAAAUUUCAAAAAUUAAUCAUACAUGAAUGAAAUACCUUUCUGAUGUUUAAAAUAAUCGAAAUAUUGUAAUGUGUAUUAUUUUAAACAUGAGACAAUUUAUUAAUAGAUAUAUUUAAGGCUGAUUGAAGUAUUUAUAAUAUACAUUUAAAAUAUUGGAGAAUGAAAGAUAUUAAAAUUAAGGUGGAUUAUUUACUUCAAAGUAAUAAAUGUUAUAUUUAUGUAUUUAAUAAUGUAUGGAAUUGAACAGAUCUUAGCGAGUAUGUUCAAUGUGUCCUAGUUAAGUAACUUUUUUAAGUUACUCAUAUCACAUAAGUUCAGGUGAAAGGUGAUUAAUAAUAGAGUUUAUCAUACUACAAUUUUAAGAUUGUUUCACGACAAUUUUUUCUCCAAUCCCAACAAACUCUAGCUUGACUGAAAUUUAUCGUAUGUUCAACAAACUGCCGUUCAAUUACCGUGCGCAUAUAUUUAAUGAAUUAAGAAUCUCACUCACUCACUCACUCACAAUUCCAAAUAGAUUUAACUAAUAAUGAAUGGGUAAAUAAAUAAAGAAUUUGAAUGGUCCGCGGGACGGAUAUGUAUCUAUCUUAUGUAUUCUAUUUAUCAGUUUUAUUUCAGAAAUCUAUCUAUUUCUUCAUUAAAAUGUGAAAUUUUAAUAUUUUUCACUACAAAGUGUAUUUUUGUAAAAUAAAAACUGUUAUACGACGUUAAGUAACAUUUAAAAUAUCAAAAGUUGUGAGAGAUAUAGCAGAAAUGAUAUAAUUUACAACUUACACUAAUCUUACAAUUGGUGUUGAAUAAAAACUUAUCAAUUUUUAUUGUGAUAAAUAUAGUAGAUUUGAGAAAAGAUUGUCCCGACUUUUAUGUUUGUAAAAUUUGUUAGACUUGUCGUUUUUUCGAUAGCGCGGAUAUUUGUGCCUCUUUACUAACAUAGUAUUACAUUGUAAAUUAUCCUACAUCAUUUUCGAAUCAAAAAAUUGUUCUAAAUAAAACCUUUUAUACAAAGGCUGCCUGCACUUCAAAAACUAUAUAUGUAUAUAAUAAUGAUUCACGACUGAAAAUAUGAUUUAGACGUUUAUUUGAACGAUAUAACGUGCCAUACAUCACAAAUUAAUCAUUAACUUAGUUGGCAAUGUCUCAGUGCCAUGUUUUUCUACCACAUUUAGAUGAAUGAAGCUACUGACAGUGCACUUUUAAUCAAAAUUUUAGGCUGUUGAAAACGGUAAAAUCCUGUAGGUCGUAGUACUGUUAGUGUUAUUGGCAUCUUUCUCAUUACUACGUAAUAUACAAAGUAUUUUUAUACACAUUUCUGAUUGUAUCAAUAUUACCAGUAUUCAAAAUCUCAAAUGCUAUUGAUAUAAAAUAAAAUAUGUAUUUUGAAUGUUUUGACUUUUGAAGAUGCAACCGUUACUACUCGAAUAAUAAUAUAACUAAUUUAGAUUGGUACAUUUUAGACUAGCCAAUUUGAACAAUCGAAUUAUGUAAUGGUGUCUAACAUGUGCCUUAACAUCAACAUACAAUUGAUACCGCAACGGGCAUAUCUCAACAGUUCGUUUUGUACAAGUAUUUCGGAAUUGACAAGAUCUUAAAUACAAUUACAGAUACGACCAACUUUAUUGAAACGUGAUUGACGAUUUUUACAUGUUAAAUGAAUGUAUGAAAUUAGUCAUUUUAGUGUGUAGUGCUCUUAAUGUUUCAGUAGGUGUUUAGUGUUAGAAGGAGUCUUAUUAUAUCUCGUUAUCUUAAUGUAUCCGUUUGUUUCAACUAGUAGAUUGACUGACGUUUAAUAAGCACAAUUUACAAAUUAGUCUUGUAUAUCUGUUGUUUUGUUUUUGUUAGUCUGUGAUGCAAUUUCGUUGAGUACAUUUAACAUGUAAGAUGUUAUAAUUUGAUUCCGCACUGGACGAGUCUAACAAAUUCUACCGUGGAUAAUUUAGCACAAUUCUAAUAUUUAAAUGUGUAUAGGCAUAGAUAGGUGUAAUAAAAGUAGAGGCUUGUCAGUCCGUAUUAUAUAUAUAUGAGAAAGGGUAACGUUUUAUCAGAGACGACAUUAUACAUGUUAUUCGUGAAGUUGAAUGUUGAUUGUUUAUUGUGGUAUGUGUUUUCUUCUGGCCCAUCUUUAAACGUUUAUAAUUCGAAACUAUGUGUAAUCGGGUAUCGUGUUAUAAAUCCCCCCAUCUGUAAAGUGUUUCUUCGCAUGAAUAUAUUGCCUUUUUACUUAAUGUACCAAAAACUAGAUCUUCAAUUAAGUUAUUUGUACACAAAAAAAAAAAUACUAUAAGUGUUUUUGCCAUGCCACAUGCCAUAUUCUAAAACACUAAGAGCCGACUCGCUCAAAAAAAAACCUGUCAGAGAUUCCUUAGUCAUAUGUACUGCUUCCACAAUUAUGACUAAAUGAGCUUAUUAAAUUA